AUGUCGAACAUUCACCGCUUCGGAACCCGAGAAGUCAGCUUUGCCAUGCAUCAUCAUGACGACGACAAUGAAUUCAAUCAGGGAGACAUUGUCAGCGAGCGGUCGAUCGCAAAGAUUGAGUCUGUUGUUAGCCGAGCCAUGGACCACGUCAACCUGCAACACGAAGACAAGACGCUCUACAUCAUUCUCCAUCCAAUGCUCCAUCUGGUGGGCUUCGCUGGUGUGCUAGAAGAGAUGAUUGAGACCAAGAUGGGGACGAUUGUGGAGUCAUCAGACAACAAGAUCUUGGUCCAAGCUGAAAAUUUUCAAAAGCUUACCAUCGUUCUUGUUGAUGAGCAACUCCUCAGCAGAGCCACCGCUGCCGCUGCCACUACCGCUGCCACUACCGCUAUCGGUACUAUCGAAGAGGAAGACGGAGAAGACGAUGAGCCGACAUUUUCCCAUAAUGACUCUCUCGAGCGUGGAGACGAUGGAUCAGAGUCCAGCUACGAGGAUUUCAGCAACCAGGGCUUGACUCAAGAGGUCUCCGCGGCCAACACCUGGUUCGAGCUGCCAGCCCACAUGUACGACUAA